UUAUAAAAUUUAAUAAAGAAGUGAUUUUUCUCCUUCACUGAUGUGUGCUAAUGAGGCUGCAGUGAUGGGCACUGAUAGGUGGCACUGAUGGGCAUUGACAGGCAUCACUGAUGGCCACUGAAAGGCAGCACUCAUAUAUGGCACUGAUAGGUGACACUGAAAGGCAGCUCAGAUGGGCACUGAUAUGUGGCAUUGAUGUGCACUGGCAGGCACUGAUAUGUGGCACUGAUGGGCACUGGCAGGUGGCAUUGAUGAGCACUGACAGCUGGCAUUGAUGGACACGGACAGGUGUCACUGCUGGGGCUACACU